AUGGAUCUUGGCGAGAUUGUUGUGACUGAACAUCCCAGUGAGAGGCAGUUGUAUGAGAAGCAGAUGCCAAGAGCCCAGGACCUGCUGUGGAGAAGUGGAAAUUGGAUCCACCAAGUUUUUGGGUAUCUCACAGGAGAAAUGAAAGAAUAUGGAGAGUGGAUAAAAAAUAAGCCCUUAAUUGUUCAGCUGGUGGACUGGAUCUUGAGAGGGACCUCUCAGGUGAUGUUUGUCAACAACCCUUUCAGUGGGCUGAUCAUUUUAGUGGGACUCUUCAUCCAGAGUCCAUGGUGGAUGUUAACAGGCUGUACUGGAACAACUGUGUCCACAUUAACUGCUCUGGCUCUCAGUCAGGACAGAUCAGCCAUCGCAGCUGGGCUGCACGGCUACAAUGGGAUCCUAGUGGGACUGCUCAUGGCUGUAUACUCUGACAAAGGGGAUUACUACUGGUGGCUUCUCCCUCCUGUGGCAGUUAUAUCAAUGGCCUGCCCAGUCCUGUCCAGUGCUUUGGGAUCCAUCUUCAGUAAAUGGGACCUUCCUGUUUUCACUCUGCCCUUCAAUAUUGCAGUGACUCUGUACUUGGCAGCCACAGGGCACUACAACCUCUUCUUCCCCACAACACUCAUCAAGCCUGUAGCUGCAGUGCCCAAUAUCACCUGGUCUGCAAUCAAUGUGCCAUUGCUCUUACAAUCCAUUCCAGCUGGCAUUGGUCAAGUGUAUGGUUGUGGAAACCCCUGGACUGGAGGCAUUUUCCUUGUGGCUUUACUUAUGUCCUCCCCAUUGAUCUGUUUACAUGCUGCAAUUGGAUCAACAGUGGGGAUGUUUGCAGCACUGAGCAUUGCAUCCCCAUUUGACAGCAUCUACCUUGGCUUACAUAAUUACAACUGUGCCCUUGCAUGCAUCGCGAUCGGAGGCAUGUUCUAUGCCCUGACUUGGCAGACCCAUUUGCUUUCGCUUGCUUGUGCAUUAUUUUGUGCCUACUCUGGAGCAGCUCUUGCUAAUGCCCUUUCUGUGCUUGGGCUGCCAGUCUGCACCUGGCCUUUUUGCUUUUCUGCACUCCUCUUUUUGCUGAUAAAUUCAGAAAACCCAGCCAUCUACAAAAUCCCCCUCUGCAAAGUCACCUACCCAGAAGCCAACCGAAUCUACUACCUGAGAAUGAAGAGAAGAGCCUCAGAGAGCAGGAGAGAAGAGCAGAAACUAAAGGAUCAGAAACCCUCUGCCAACUCAAAAAUAAGCACAGGAGGCACCCCGCUGUGCACCCCCAAAAGCCGCCAUGCUCACUGA